UUCAUCCUCGUGGUAAAGAUGGAUGAUGAAAAAAGCCGACAAUCGCCAGCAGAAAAAAGUUCUAAGAAGAAAAGUGACCGGAAGUCCCGUUCCCGUAGCCGUAGCGUCAGCCGUACAGAAAAACGCCGCAGCCAUUCUCGCAGUCCCACUUAUCGCCGGCGACAUGCCGGAACAGGCUCGUCUAGCCGGAAGCGUUCUCGCAGCCCGCCUGUUUACCGUCCCAGACGUAGAUCACCGCCACCUAUGCGUCGACAUAGUCGAAGGGGUAGACGCAGUCGCUCGCCUACAGGAAUGGGAGGAAGGGGUACAGGUGGGAUGUCAAUGGACAUGAUGGGUGCCGGUGAUCCGGGAGGUGGAGCAUAUAUGAUGCAAGGUGGUAUGUACGAUCCGUCCUGUUAUGGAGGCUAUGUCAAUAAUGGCGUGUAUAUGGGCGCCUACGGUGGGUAUGGCUACGAAAUGGGAUAUGGCACCGGAGCGAUGAUGGAUCCAUCGCAAGCCAUGAUGAUGGGAGGAGUGGCAACGGAAUGGGUAGAAGCACCUGUUCAGCAGGUUGUUCAGGAAUCGGAAGAGGAGAAACGUAAGCGUGAAGCUGCAAUUACAUAUGAACUGUUGAACCAACGGGCGGCGUUAAAAAAACAACGUGACGAUUACAAACAGCGUGGUGGGGCAUUGAAGCGUGAGCUAAAAACGCUCAAAGAGCAACGAUCAGAUCUCUGUUCCGGUCGAGAACCACCGUCCCCGACAACAAACAAUUUUAUAAAGGAAAAUGACAAAUUACAGUCCCAGAUAUUAGAUAAGAUCAAAACGAUCGAAAACGUCAUCGAUAUGCUGGAUGGCAUCAUUGCAAAAGACAGAACACCGUCACCACCACCAAUUCCAAUGGGUUCAUCACUUCCUCCGCUUGUCACUGUUCCGGAUCCAACAGAUGCAUCCUCGUCCGCUGUUGGUGCUCGAGAAGGUGACAGCGAACUUGCUCAUCGAACGCACACAGAUCGUGUAGGUACGGAUGGUCACGAAGGGUCCGAUUCGCCUUCAUCUGAACGACUUAAAAAGGAGGUUUUGGAGAGCAUGCACGCACGCGGAAAACGUAAAUCAUCAGACAAACGACUCUCCGAUCAUUCCGAGGGAAGAAAGAAACUUUCUCCUUACAACUACGUGCAUUAUGACCCAGAGUUACAUUGGUGCUCCUCGUGCAACGUAUUCCCCAAAACGGCCAGAGACUACUUGACGCAUCUUCAAUCAGAACAGCACCAAAGCCAACUUGUCAUGGACGAUAAUGCAACUGAAGAACAACUGCGAAAAGUGGCGCCUUGGCGCUCACAACUGGACACCGACGACACCAUGGUUAAUCCUGAGGCACCGACAAAACGGACACCAAUUCGUGGCCUGGAAUUUUUCGUACCAGCUUCGGCUUGGUAUUGUAAGCUCUGCAAUUAUUGGAUGGGGGAUUUGCAUUGUGCUUCGUGGCAUUUGAAAUCACAGAGUCAUACGGAUGCAUAUGGCGAAUAUAUCGACGACCAUAAGAACUACGAAAACGAUUGGAUGGCGGAGCGACAAAAGGCUUUUGAAGAAUUCGGCCUUUCAUCAGCCAACCAGGAAGUACUAGGAGAUGGAGAAAUCCCAGCGCCGCCUCCACCGCCGACUGCUGAAGAGUUUAGGCUUGCUUCCUCCGAUGCGCACAAAAAAGAAUUGUUAGAAAACUCUUCUUUCCAGAUCGCCCCCAAAUUGAGUUCUUUGACGGAGUGUCCGUCGCCAAAAGACGAAACAGCAGCGUCAAUGAAUGAGCUACAACCGUUGUCCUCAGGAGCGGCAAAGAAAGCAAAGAAGAAAAAAUUACGAAAAGAGGAACGGAGAGAGAAGAAGAAAAAGAAGCGUUCAAAGAAACGGAAACGAGCGGCCGCCGCCUCAUCGAGUUCCUCUUCAAGCAGCAGCUCGGAGUCGUCUGAUUCGGAUUCUGAGUCGGGUUCGGAACAGGGCAGUAAAGAAAGUACGAAGGAAGUGAAUCAUUUUAAUCCAGCUAAUCCCAUACACGCAGCCAUGCGUGAUAUUUUAAAUGCAAAAGAAGUAAAUGCUCGGGAAGUAAUGGCAGCAGCGGCCGUCGCAGCUGUUGCUGCAGCUGCAGCUAAACCGACAAACGAUACUGGUGAAAUAGGUAAAUGGACCGUUGUUCAUCCGGCCCAAGAAAGGAAAUCCGGUACAGGUUCGUCGGGCUCGGCUUUACCUUCGAACUCCUCGGAAAUGGACACGAAAAGACGCAACGAACGUGAGAACGAAAAAGAACGAGAUCGCGACAGAGAUCGUGAUCGCGAAAGAGACCGACGAAGUCCAGAACGUAGAGAUCGAUGGAACCGUCGCGAUAGCCCAGAUCGUUACGGUGGACGAGAUCGCGAUCGUGGAAGACGUAAUGAUUACCGUGACUAUCGCGAUCGGCGUGAUCGCCGUCGUAGCCGAUCAAGAGGUCGUAGAAGCCGUAGCGGAAGUGGUGGCGGCGGGCGGCGGUUCCGUAGGCGUUCGUAUUCCCGCUCACGUUCGCCUCGUUCUCGAUCACGCAGUCGAUCACGAUCAAGCCGGAGUAGUCAUCGAACGAUUGAAAAAGCGAUCGUCAAUUUCCCCCCAGAGCCAAAAAUGUCUAAAUCUGACAAGAAAACACAUAAAUCAAAUACUAAACCAUCCAGUCGGAUAGAUUCGGGUACCAACGGGGGAUCUUCAAGUAAAAAGAACAAAUCAACUUCGGGGAGCUCAUCAGGGGCUAGCAAAGGAACAUCAAACAAUAUGAACGCGGUUCCGAAAAAAUUGCCCUUUAUUGGUCGAAUGCCAGUGUUUAAAAAACAACAGGCUGAAAAUGCUAAAAAAGAAGAAGCAGCUGCGGCAGCUGCCGCUGCUGCAGCGGUCGUUGAUGAUAGCGAUGCUGCUCAAGCUGUUGAUGUUGCUGAGGCUGGCGAUGCGGUCGUUUCUGCUGUUAUGGGCAGUAACAGUAAUUCUAAUGAAGAAGCUACAACUGGUGCUUUGCUUUUUGCUCAUAGUAGUGAGCAAGAGUACAAUGCUGCAAUUGCUCAACAAACAGACUCUUAUCAAUACACGACUCUCCAGAUGGAGGGAACAGUUCAACCCGAAGAAAUGGAUAUUGCAAGUGGAGAAGAUGAGAUGUGCGAAGAAGAUUCAUCAGCUCAUCAUGAGGUUCCCGUGGAGGAAGGUCUACCUCUCAUCCCCGCCGAGGAGGACCCUGAUGCGGUCGUCACAGAAGAUGGGAUUGGUCCACUUCCAAAAGAUUUCCAAGAAGCUCUGGACAUCAUUUACGAUGGUGGCGAUAAACCCAAGCGUGCUGAUGUCAUUGCUAAGGAGGCUGCUGCUGCAGCCGCCGCCGCAGCCGCAGCAGCAGCAGCCGCUGCAAAACCCCCGGAAAUGGUACCGGCUCCGCAUGAACAGGGUACACUUAUGUCAGGUAUGGGUGUGCCAAUGAUGAUGGACCACGAUCAACCACACAUGAUCGUUCCUGAAGCGAUCGAUAUGUACAACCAGCAGUACGCCCUCGAAUACGGGAUGCAUCCCGCCGCGUACAUAGCGGCGGCGGCUGAAGCAGCAGCUGUCCACGGCAUGAUGGGCAUGGGUCACGGUGUGGUUUCAACCGAGAUGCACUAUGUGGAAGACGAAGCGCAGAAUCAACCACUCGACAAUAUGAUGUUCGGCCCGAUGCAUGCAACCUCUGGCGCAGCCGCAAUGAUGCACCACCAUCAGAUGGUGGCGACUGGAGCAAUCGAUCCAAACGCAGCCGCUUAUGCUAUGGCAAUGGCAUCAAGUGGUGGCUACGCGCCGGAAAUGAUGGCCAUUCCCAAUCCAACGACAGAUAGUGUAUCGGAAUCACACGAUCAUGCGUUAACGGAUGAGGCUACUUCGGACGACGUAUCUGCAGAGCAGUACACAUCCGAGAAUGCAUAUACGGAACAAACGAAUUUAGCUGAUUCUUACGCCGAAGGUCCGAAUGAUUCAGAAGAGGCAUCGGAAGAAAAUAAUUUCGAUAAAGAACCCAAUACCAUGUUAGAAACUGCAUCGAAAACAGAUGAAGAAAACGAUGUGCCAAGUAACGAAGAGGCGACAGAAACAGGUCAUAAAAACCCGGAUGAAAGUUUAUAUCAGGAAACUUAUCAACAUGUUGAGACAGAACCAACUGUCUCCGAAAAUGAAGCCGAUCAGAGUGUCGAAUCGCCACAGGACGAACAAUUCGAGGAAGAAAUAGUACUGCCUAAUGAAGGCUUCGAGCAAGUCGCGUCGUAUACCGUAGAAGAGGUUUUACCUUCGCAGGACGAUUUUGUGCAUACUGAAACAGAGGAAUACAAUACAGAAGAGGUGCUACAGUCUAAUGAAGAUUUUGCACAAGCGGACUCGUAUGAAACUAGCAGUGAGGAGGAAGGGGUUGCUACGAAUGAAAUAUUUGAAUGCGCGCCUCAGUCCCAAUCAACUCUUGAUAAUAUGGUAGUUCUCGCGAUGGAUGAAUAUGUAGUAGAAGACACUGAAGAGCAGUCUCAAGAUUCCUAAAAAUUCGGCAUCAAAAGAAUAACACCUUCGGUUUUGUAGAUCCGAUUUUUCUGUCAUAACCAUGUUAUUUUACAAAAUUAUGAUAACUGCCCAACGGCGCAUUGCUACGAUUGGUAUGAAUUCUCCACCAGAUUAGUAUCCUAACGUAUGUUUGCAUAAUCUUUUCAGUUCAUUAAUUCGGAUACCCAUGAAUAUUGUGUCUUUCUAUACUACAAAAUUCGUUGGUUUUGUGCAGCCUCCAUGUGUUGAAAAUUUCAAUUUCACGAAUUAUCACGUGUGCACAUUCGUUGUAAAUACAAAAGAUUGUGCACUCUAAAAAUAUAAUUAAAAUAAAAAUAACAAGAAACGGAAAUUAUAAUUUCAUUUAUUUAAUCAAGGCCUGAUGGCUUGAUCAAUUGGAUACUGCAGCCUGCAGUGCAUUAGAUGC